UAGAGCCCUGGACCGCUGUCCCCGGGCGCGCACGGGCUUUGAAGACGCGUGUGUCCCGAGGGUGGACGGCUUUUAGCCCCGCGCCCAGGCCGGUCCCAGGGGUCUGGCUCGACUUCUCCCCGCCACCGGGUGCACGCGGACGACGACAGUGGCAAAUGGGUGUGUUUGGGGGGGCUCCCCCGGGGCGUCGACGACCUGCGCCCCUGCCACCCCGGGGCUGCUCCCUACUUAACCUCUCGCUCACGGGCGUCAGCCGGGAGUUGGGGCGGGGGGCUGGCGGCGGAGAGGGGGCCGGCGGAGGAGAGCGACGCGGCCCCAAGUUUAUGCUAAUCCGCGCAGAGCCCGCCUCCCGCCUCCCCUCGGCGGCCCCAGGCGCGAGCAGCGCCGGCCACUCGGCGGGACGCAGCCGCCUCGAAGCGCCAGGCGCCCGGGCCAGCGAGCUCCGGGGGCCGCGACCUGCGGCGGGACCCGGACAGGCGAGCGGCGGGGCGGCGGGCGGACACCCGGCGGGGGCCCCGCGCGGGGCCAGGUGGAGACCCCGGGGGCCGCGAUGGGCCGCCGCCGCCUGCCGGUCUGGCUGUGCGCCGUGGCGGCGCUGCUCUCGGGGGCGCAGGCCAAGGGCACCCCGCUCCUCGCGCGGCCCGCGCCGCCGGGUGCUUCCCGCUACAGCCUCUACACGACGGGAUGGCGCCCGCGGCUGCGCCCGGGGCCGCACAAGGCCCUCUGUGCCUACGUUGUACACAGGAAUGUGACCUGCGUCCUACAGGAGGGAGCGGAGAGCUACCUAAAGGCUGAAUACCGGCAGUGCGGCUGGGGGCCCAAGUGCCCCGGGACAGUCACGUACCGCUCGGUGCUCAGACCCAGAUACAAGGUGGGCUACAAGACGGUGACGGACCUCGCCUGGCGUUGUUGCCCUGGCCUUGCUGGAGAAGGCUGUCCCGAACACCUCACGGACCAUGGGGCCACACCACCUCAGCCAGAGCCUGAGACCCAGAGUCCCUCGGGGCAGGUGGGCCCAGGCCCCAGACCCCUUCCUUCCAGUCGAGUGGCCCCAAGCCCCCACGGAAGGAAAGGCCCAGGGCUGUUUGGUGAACGGCUGGAACGCCUGGAGGGUGACGUCCAGCGCCUGGCACAAGCAUAUGGUACCCUCAGCGGCCUGGUGGCCAGGCGUGAAGACCCCAGUAGGAUGACUGGUGGGCCCAGGGCUCCUGCCGCCCCCGUGGGCUUUGGGGUCAUCCCCGAGAGCUUUGUGAGCCCCCGAGACAGAGCUGGAAGACCGCUCAGCCCGCCGCUGGAGGAGAUCCUGAGCAAGGUGACCGAGGUGAGCAACACACUCCGGACCAAGGUGCAGCUGCUGGACAAGGUGCACGGGCUGGCGCUCGGCCACGAGGCUCACCUGCAGCGGCUGCGGGAGGCGCCCCCGUCCCCCCUCACCUCCCUGGCGCUGCUGGAUGAGUACGUGGACCGACGGCUGCACCGGCUCUGGGGCAGCCUGCUGGACGGCUUCGAGCAGAAGCUGCAGGGCGUCCAGAGCGCGUGCGACCUGCGCGUGCAGGAGGUGCAGCAGCAGUGUGAGGAGGGCCAGGCGGCCAGCCGGAGGCUGCACCAGAGCCUCGACGGCCGAGAGCUGGCCCUGCGCCGGGAACUCUCACAGCUGGGUACCCGGCUGCAAGGCCUGAGUGUGGCCAGCGGGGGCAGCUGCUGCGGGCAGCUGGCCUUCAUCAGGGCCCGCGUGGACAGCCUCGAGAGGAACCUGCAGGCUGUGAUCGAGGCCCACCGGGGCCACGGCGCCCCCAAUGGGGAUGACCUCACGCGGCUAUCUGCCGCCAUGCUCGAGGGGGGCAUGGAUGGGCUGCCAGAGGGCGUGGAGACCGCCAACGGGACAGGGGGUGGAGCCGGGGGCUGCUGUCUGGGGACGGAGGAGGGGGGCUGGGGCGCGCGCGGCUUCCACACCAUGCUGGAAGAGCGCGUGCAGAGGCUGGAGGAACGCCUGGUGACGCUGGCCGGGGAGCUGAGCCACGACCGCGCCCCUCCAGGCAGGCCGGCUCGGCCCCUCGUGCAGACGGAGCUGGCCGUGCUGGAGCAGAGGCUGGUUUCGCUGGAGACCUCGUGUACCCCCGGCACCACCUCCGCUGUCCUGGACAAGCUCGGGGCCGAGGUGAAGGCCUGGCAGAGCCGGAGCGAGUCCCUUUUGCGCCAGGUGGCCAGUCACGCCAUCCUGCUCCAGCAGCUCAAUGGCACCGUGGCCGAGGUCCAGGGGCAGCUGGCGGAAGCGAUGGGCAGCUCCCUCCAAGGCGAGAUCACCCUGCUCAAGGUCAACCUGAACUCUGUGAGCAAGUCGCUCACGGGCCUCAGCGAUUCCGUCAGCCAGUAUUCCGAUGCCUUCUUGGCCGCCAACACCUCCCUGGACGAGCGGGAACGCAAGGUGGAGGCCGAGGUCCAUGCCAUCCAGGAGCAGGUCAGCAGCCAAGGCUCGCGGCUUCAGGCUGAUCACAGGCAGGUCCUGAGCCUGCGGGCGGAGCUGGAGCAGCUCAGGGCCAGCAUGGCCGAGGUGGCUGGCGGGCUGAGCCGCUGCCAGGACACGGCCCAGGAGCUCCGGCACGCGGUGGGCCACUUCGAUCAGAGGGUGGCCCAAGUGGAAGGUGCCUGCAGGAGGCUGGGCCUGCUGGCCGCGAGCCUGGACAGCUUGCCAGCUGAGUCGCUGGGGCCCAGGGAGGGCCUGUGGGACCAUGUGGACCAGCUGAAUCGCACGCUGGCCCAGCACGCCAAGGACAUCGCCCGCCUCCGGGAUGACCUGCUGCACUGCCGCGCCCAGCUGGCUGAGCGGGUGCGGCCAGGGCAGGCCAAUUAGGUGGGCUGGCCGGGACCCAAACCCCCUCAGAUCCUGCCAACCCUGGGAGCAGACCCUCCCUUCCCCCCCGCCUCACACACACCAGAACCCAGCCUUGCCCAGUGGUGUCUCCCAGCCUCCCCUGGCCAGCGUGGAUGCCAUUUCGGAAGGGCCUGAAGGAACAAUCUUGGUCCAGCUUCACCUGACUGUCCAGGCACCAAAACCCGCAUUUGGUGUUGCACCAGCUGGACAGUUCGGGAUCACGGUCAAGGCUGGUACUUCAUGCCUCAAGGCCGGGGUGGCCCUAAGAGACCUCACCAUCUAGUCUGCAAAGUGUUCUGCAGACAGCCCAGCCGGCACCUGCGCACAGACCUCCAGGACCCUGCUCAGACCACAGUCUCUGCGGCUCCCUUGGCUCAGGGACGACAGCCCCAGGCCCGCGGAGGCUUCUGGCCUCUCUGUCCCUUUGGCUUCUCUUCUCGGCCAUCUGGGCCCAGUUUCUUCAGGAAGGCGGUGCCUGUUGGCACGGUCUUCCUACCUGGCAGCUUCAUGGAUGCUGUUUCUGAACCAAGGACUAGAGGUUUCCACCGCCCGCCCCCUGGCUUCUUCAGGACAGAAUGGAAACACAAGGACUCGGCGAGAGCACUCUUUAUUCCUUCUGAUCCUCCCCCAAGGUGAGGGCUUAGGCAGCUGUGUUUUCCUGGCGGAAAGGAUGUUUGGAGGCCCCUCCCACUGUAAUUUAUCCUUUUUUUCCUUCCCUUCCCCAAAGAUGUUUCUAGGGUACUCUGGUCCCUGCUUGGUCCCCUGCUUUCCAUUUGGGGGAAAAUCCACCCCCCGCCCCAGGUUAGAGCCUCCCUCUGGAGGGCAGCCCUCAUGUACGUCAUGGCCCGAAUGAGGCCAGACCCUGGGCAGGAGGCCACGGCUGGAGAGCAAGGGCUCCAGGCCUAGUUUCCGACAUCCUUGGAAAACCCCGGCCCUGCGUGGAUGUUCACAACAGGGUGAGAAAUUCAGGUAUGACAACAUGAGAACACAAGUGUUCGUCUGGCUCACAUACCCCGCGGAGACCCAUCCCUGCUGAGGCUUCUGGCCUCGGUUUCCCCACGGGGGCCUGGGUGCCCCCGUGGUAGCUCGCAGCCCCGCCUUCUGCGUUCCUGACAUUUGGUGUUCUGCCCUCCACUUUGGUGCUAGGGGUGGUGGUCGGGGGGUGGGUAGGGCAGGCCUGGAUUAAAGCUUUUAGCCUGUC